AUGUUUAGAAAUAAUUACGACAACGAUUCAGUGACAUACUCACCCACUGGAAGAUUGUUUCAAGUAGAAUAUGCAUUAGAAGCCAUUAAACAAGGAAGUGCUGCAGUGGGAUUGAUUUCUAAAAAUCAUGUCGUAUUGGUUGCAUUGAAACGAAAUGCAGAAGAGUUAGGAUCAUAUCAAAAGAAAAUUAUAAAAAUUGACAAUCAUAUGGGAGUGGCGUUAGCUGGUUUGGCACCUGAUGCAAGAGUUUUAUCUAAUUAUUUAAGAAAACAAGCAAUGCAAUGUAAAAUGAUUUUUAAUCGUCCUAUACAAACAUACAAAGCAGCUUUAACGAUAGCUGAUAAAGCUCAAGAAAAUACUCAAAGCUAUGGAUCAAGACCUUAUGGUGUGGGGUUAUUAAUUGCAGGUUAUGAUGAAACCGGUGCUCAUUUAUUAGAAUUCUUACCUUCUGGAUCUGUAUUAGAAUACUAUGGGGCUGCAAUUGGAGCUAGAUCUCAAGCAGCAAGAACGUAUUUGGAAAGGAAUUUGGAUGAAAUUAAAUCAAGUGAGUCCACUGAACAAUUAAUAACUCAUGGAUUAUAUGCUUUGAGAGAUACAUUGAGUCAAGAUGUAGAAUUAACUUCAAAAAAUACUAGCGUGGCAAUUGUUGGAAAAGAUCAGGAAUUUGUAACAUAUGAUGGGGAAAAUGUUCAGCAAUGGCUAGAUAAAUUAGAUUCUGUUACGAAUGAAAGAAAUAGGACGAGUAAUCAGGGUGAUAAUGAUGAACAACCUUCGGAAGAUCAACCACCACAAAACACUGAUGAAAGUGGUGAUAGAAUGGAAACUGACGAAUAA